GCGACCGGCUCCAAUCUCGGGAGCGAGAGCAGCCGCUGCCCGUUGUUGUUGUGGUCGCCGCGCGAUGGCAGCCACGGCGCUUCCCCCGCUGCCGCCGCAGUUCAAGAGCAUCCAGCACCAUCUGCGGACCGCGCAGGAGCUGGACAAGCGCGAGCCGGUGGUGGCGUAUUACUGUCGUUUGUAUGCAAUGCAAACAGGGAUGAAGAUUGAUAGUAAAACCCCAGAAUGCCGCAAAUUUUUAUCUAAACUUAUGGAUCAGUUGGAAGCUAUGAAAAAACAAUUUGGUGAUAAUGAAGCAAUUACUCAGGAAAUUGUUGGUUCUGCUCAUGUGGAGAAUUAUGCUUUGAAAAUGUUUUUAUAUGCAGACAAUGAAGACAGAGCUGGGCAGUUUCAUAAAAACAUGAUAAAGUCCUUUUACACUGCCAGUCUCCUGAUAGAUGUUCUGACAGUAUUUGGGGAGCUCUCUGAAGAGAACGUUCAGCACAGAAAGUAUGCCAGGUGGAAAGCAGCGUACAUUCAUAACUGCUUGAAAAAUGGAGAGACCCCUCAGCCUGGACCCAUUGGUAUGGAAGGAGAGACUUUUGAUCUUGAAAGAGAAGAGGCAGGGUCAUCUUCUCACCAGAGCGGAACAAAUCAACCAACAUCGUCAUCAUCUACGUAUGAAGCUAAUAACACACCAACUAGUAAUUUCACUGGCAUACAUGUACCACCAGGUGCCCAUGCACCAGCCAAUACUCCAGCUGAAGUACCUCAUAACACAGGAGUGACGACUAAUACCAUUCAACCUUCUCCUCAAACUAUUCCUCUAGUAGAUCCUUCCCUUUACAGUGCUCAGUCUGCAGGGGAAGUCCGUUUGACUCCAGAGGACUUUGCCAGAGCUCAAAAAUACUGCAAAUAUGCUGGCAGUGCUUUGCAAUAUGAAGAUGUGAGCACUGCUGUGCAGAAUCUCCAGAAGGCUCUCAAGUUGCUGAUUACGGGCAAAGAAUAAAGCUUUUAAUCCAACAGAUUCAUGUCAUUUGCCUAAAGAACUAACAGCUUAUUACUGUACCCGUUAGGGGAGUGGAAAUAUACAGAAGCUCUCCAUCUUAUCACCUAUGAUAAUGAAAUCACUCUUUCAGUGUCAUUAGGACUUUUCAUUUUUAAAACAGUGGAGCUAGGAGCAUAUGAAUGCAAUUGUUUGACGUAAGCAAAAUACUAAAAAAUGUACUAUGAACACUGCUUAAGAGGUAGAAUUCAUAUUUCAAUAUUUAGGUUAUCAGUAUGGGAAAUCCCAAAUCUGCAAAAAGGUUGAACAUAACAAUGUUCUGUUGAAAUUCUGGCUCUGCUUUCAUUUUUUUCAAACAAUUAUUUAAGAAGUUUAAAUAGCUUUAAAACUGUAACAAAAUUCACGACUUCCUCCAGAAAACAAAGCAUGUAAGAAGACUGACACAUACACAAUGGGAAGGACUUUUUUCCAUACCUAAAUUAUUUGGGUAUCAUCUGAGACAUAAAGUUAAGCAGGACUUGAGGUUAUUUCUAUAUUGUUUUAAUACGUGCAUUGAAAACAUUUCUUGAUACAUCAAGGAGAGUAAUUUUGAUUGCAUUCCAAUCCAACCACCAACAACUGAGUGGACUGCUGCAUGCAGUCUUGAUCAUUGAUUCUUUGGGUGAACACUGGGAAUUUUGUUUAUGUAUGGUUAACUAAGAGAAAGUACUAAUAUUUAGUGGAGAUGAUCCUGAAACCAGGGACAGAGAUGCUAAACAGUGUGAACUUUUAGGGAGAUUUACUUCAUAGAUGUUUCAUCUCUUUAAUAAACUGAAUCGAAGGACAGUUCAACCGUUUGGUUCAUUUUUGGUAUUAAUGAUCUAGAAGUUUGUAUUCCCAGCUAAUAUUCUUUCUGUCUGCUAUGUUGUGGAGGCUAUUUGGACUUGGGAACUAAUUAAAAUAUCUUGGAAAUAGAAUUUUGAGUCUUUUUUAAGUGUGCUCCUGCUAUUUUAGGGCUCUUGGUUGUUAAGAAUUCAUCCUUGCAGUUGGAAAGAAAGACUAAGUGGUCUUUUAACGGCAUGACGUAGGAAUUGAGUACACCACAAAGUAUGUCUGAUUUAUGUAAUAUCUUUUAACAUCAGAUUGUCUGAUAUGUCUGUCUUUCCAAGCUCUUGGAUCAAAUGCACAUCAUUUGUAACUGCACUGUUUUUGCAGCAUCUUAAAUGUGUCUGAAACUUAAAGCAAAAAGUUGAGGAAAAUAAAAUCAAGCAUAAGCAUGCAUUAAAACCUAGCUGAUGGUAUCAUUUUAUGAGAGCAGAUUGUGUCUGUCAGCAAGUUUGAGAAGGAUAAUACGAAAUUUGUUGAUGUAGCUUUAAGCAAGAUAUAAUAGAUAGAACACUCUGGAACUGCUUGUGUUUUGCUUUCUGCUAUGGGCAUGGCUUUGUUGGUAUGGCGUGCUAAUUUGGAUAGUGAUUUGGAUUAGAUUUUAAUUGGCUUGGGAUGUUUAGAAUGAAUCUGUCUGAAACUUUGUUGACAAUUAUGUUGUAUAGACCUAGUCAGUAAGUAUAUGUCUUGUAUAGUGUUUCAUGCAAGAUAGCUCCUUCAGUAUCAACCUGAAUUUCUAUAAAUUCUUCCAUGUAAAUACUUAUAUUCUGUUACGAUGUGAUUGGAAAAGCUACUUUUUAGUUGAAUGAAGGAAGCGGAACAUUGCAUAUAUAUUCCAUUGCUAUUAAAAAAAAUAUCAAAAGUUGCUUUCAUUUGUGCAUCAUAUCACUGUUUACAAAUACUGGAUUCAGUCCCCAGGCCCUGAUGAAUGGAGGUCAUUUUUCCUGUAUCUUUUUAUAAAAUAGUUAAAAAAAACUUCUAGACUUUUAUACUAAGCCAGCUUUGAUGUAAUAGUGCAUUAAUUUGAGGCUUUUCAAUGCAAAUUAAUUUUUUCAUAGUGAUUAAUAUGAAGGUGGCUGAUAACUAAAUUGAAGCAUUGAUUAAAGUAUGUAAAAAGACUGUUUUGGUCAUGUUUAUGUUGAAACUAUACGAAACUGGAGAAUCAUCAGAGAAAAAAGUAAGUUAUGAAAAAACUUAAGUGAUCAUUUACAAAUGUAUAACCUUCACCCUACGUAUUCCUCAAAAGUAUUCCUCAGACUGGAAAGGAGAUAAAAAUGCUUAUACAAAAGUUAAAGAGUAGCUGGCUAGGGAAAAUAUAAGAUCACUAUUUCUGAUCAUAAAGUAGUUAGAAGAUUGAUCAUGUAAAAUUCGCAUGAACACAGUAAGAUCGAACACACCCUAAAUGCUUUCAUACCACGAUACUUAAAUUAGCAUUUUAAAUUAUAUUUUACGUAAAAUUAUUUUGUCCUGACCAUUUGUUUUUUUAAUGAAAAAUUUUUAUUACAGCUCACCAAAAUUUUUUUUGAAGCUACAUAUUGAAGCUGCUUAUGUUUGAUGCAACACAUUCUGAGUAGUUGCCAUCUUAACUGAUGCCUAAAGUAAAUUAUAGCGUAGCAUUUCUAUUCCACUAAGUACCGCCUCUGGGUUAGUUUUAAAUGUGGCAGGCAGAUAGCCUAAAACUUCAAGGCCAUGUUGCAGAAUUAUUCAAAAUUGUAGCUAUUUAAAAGUGGCAGGAGAAUGUAGGUGGACUGCCUGUAAUUACUCCAAAUUGGAAUAAGUGAUAGAGAGUGGAAUUAUCUUGUGAGCUUGCCUAAGUGCUGACUGUUAAGUUUUACAGCUACUGUGAAUGAUAGGGUAUCAACCCAUAGUUUCUCUUCAGCCAGUUCUCAAUGUAUACAUUGGUAUCUAAAGGAGAAUGCUGUUUCUGCUGCUCUACUGCCCUUUCUUCUUCAGUGAUGACUAAAACCUACAUGUGUGCUGGCCAUUCCCAUUUAGAUUGUGAACUCUGAAUCGUAAUCUUCUUUAUAGCAAGGAAGAAAAAAGCUUUGUCAGAUAUUCCAUUUUCCUUUUUUUAAAAAAUAGAAUUUUAGUAAAUCUGUUCAGUGUUACUUAAACAGCUUUUGCGGUUCUUUGUGCAUGUAUAUUUCUGCAGGAAAAGUCCCCAUAUUGUAUUGCAGGAUUCAUGUCUUGCAAAGCAGGUUACUGUUUGUGAAAUGGUUAAGAUUUUUUUUCAAAUUUUAUAAUUUUAUAAUACUGGAGGUAUACUUUUCAAAUGGUUGAAGUCAUGUCAGGUGAAAUUUUUAAUAGCUGUCCAUUGAAAGUGAAGUUUCUGAACCACAGACUUAUGAGAAUUGGAGAAGACAUAAGUUUGCUUAAUAAAUUUCACUGUCAACAAGAAAAGAAUCCUGUGUUUCCAGUGGAGCUCUUUUUGGCUUGUGAGAGUAUUGUAGUAGUCUGGUAACAAUGAUGGUUCUGAAUAUAAUGUUUUAAAUUACCUCAGAAUAGGAAGUAUGUUAAAUAGGAGCAUUGAAAACAAACUUGAAAGAGGGUGGGAGGCAGGAGGGGAGAGAGGGCACAGAAAUGAUUGAAGAAAAGAAUCAAAGAGAUUAUUAGAAUGCCACAUGGCAUGGGAACAUUAGCAGUGACUGUUAUGAAGUUUCUUUACAGCCUUAGAAGAGACGGGAUAGAAGCUGGAAAAGGCAAGACAAGAAGACAGGAUGAAGAGCAGAAAAAACAAUUUUUUAAUUGUUAUUAUUUUUUGUACAGCAGCAUGGAGGAAAAUGUAAGUUUGAAAAGACCAAGGAUAGUUGUAAAAUAAGAAAAAAAUAAUAAAUUCAGCGUGAUGAAAAUGGA